GUAAUUGUCCAAGAUCCCUCCCGCCAGCGUGCAUAUACUUCCUCCCCUCCUCUUCCUGCUGUCUUGCUCUCUUCUGCUUCCUUCCGCUGCUCCUCCCCUCCUUCAAUAGCUUCCUGCUGGGGUACCUUGCUCCUCUGGCCCACCCUCCUCCUCGAUACCCACCCUGGCAUUCCACCACCGCCGUACCCUCUCCCAGCCCACCCACCCCGAAGCUCACCGUCGAGAGCUCUUCCAGACCAAGCUUGCCAAAGACAAAGUCCAAGUCGAGCUCCCCUUCCUGCGUGAUCUUCGUGGGAAGAAGAAGCCUUUCCUCUUCCGUCUCAAUCCUCUAGCGAGCACCACCACUCUCGUCAGCCUUCUCACAGUCUUACUCCUCGCUGUACUCCUCCCAUACCUCUCUCGAUACUCCCUCUUCCGCUUCCACGACCACCAGCAACCCUCGGUACCACUCUCUUGCCCGGCUCCGAACCCAUUCAUCCACGAGCUUUACUGCCGCGCUCCACCUCAUAUUCCCGGCGACAGCAGCCUCUACCACUCCUCCCCACGCAGCAUGGCCCUCCAACAAGCCGCCGAGCGGGUCGCCGCCGAAUUCGAAUACUCCGCCUCCGACGUCAACCGCGGCGUGACCGAGUUCAUCCGCGAAAUGGACGAAGGACUCGGCAAGAGCGGAGCCACCAUGUCUCAAAUCCCGACCUACGUGACCGCCGUUCCCAAUGGCACGGAAAAAGGUCUCUACAUGGCCGUCGAUCUGGGCGGCACGAAUUUCCGCGUGUGUUCGAUCCAGCUGCAUGGGAACAGCACAUUCAGCUUGACGCAGAGUAAAGUUGCGAUUCCGAAGGAGUUGAUGGUCGCGAAGACGAGUCGGGAAUUAUUUGCGUUUUUGGCAAAGCAGAUUGAGGCGUUUCUGAAGGAACAUCAUGAAGAGCAUUAUGAAAGUCAUAAAGAGAAGAGGAAGGGCGGUGGAGAUAUCGAGCAGGAUAUUUUCAGCUUGGGCUUUACGUUCAGCUUUCCGGUGCAGCAGUUUGGGAUCAAUAAGGGUACACUCAUCCGCUGGACGAAAGGCUUCGACAUCCCCGAUGCUAUUGGCAAGGACGUCUGCGCUUUGCUGCAAGACGAGAUUGAUCGCCUCGGUCUUCCUGUACGAGUCGCCGCGUUGGUGAACGAUACCGUUGGUACUCUCAUGGCGAGGUCAUACACCUCGCCUGGCAAGACGGGCACCCUCCUCGGGGCCAUUUUCGGCACGGGCACGAACGGCGCCUACGUCGAGAAACUCAGCAAAGUCACGAAACUCGACGCCUCCGCGGCCGAAGUCGACGACUCCACGGGCGAGAUGAUCAUCAAUACGGAAUGGGGCAGCUUCGACAACCACCUCUCUGUUCUGCCUCAGACCCCUUAUGACAAAGCCCUCGACGCGGAAAGUGUCAAUCCGGGUAUCCAAAUGUUCGAAAAACGCGUCUCGGGCAUGUUUCUGGGCGAGAUCCUCCGAAGGGCACUGCUGGCUCUGCUCAAGGACCCGGCCGUUCCCCUCUUCACCGAUGAGAACAGCAAUCAAAACGACGUGCACUCCACCACCAACGUCGCGGCGGACUCCCCACUAUACAAACAAUGGGGCCUCGACUCUUCCUUCCUCUCCAUCGCCACAGGUGACACCUCCGCAGGACUAAAAGUCACCCGCCAGACCCUCGACAAAGACUACGGCGUCUCCGCCGCCUCAGCCGAAGACGCGGAAGCAGUCCGUCUCAUCGCCGCCGCAGUCGGGAAACGAGCCGCCCGCCUUUCCGCCGUGGCCAUCGCUGCAAUCGUCAUUGCUACAGACAAGCUCUCGAAACCAACGGACAUCGCCACGGACAACGACGCGAAUUUGGAGGUCAAUGAAGACGAUAUAGUGGAUGUGGGCGUUGAUGGCAGUUUGGUGGAGUUUUAUCCCAGGUUUGAAGAGUAUAUCCGGGAAGCGUUGAGGGAGGUGGAGAAAAUUGGGAAGACGGGGGAGAGGAAGGUGAGGAUUGGGAUCGCGAAGGAUGGGAGUGGAGUUGGGGCGGCGUUGAUUGCGCUUGUGGCGGAUGGGAAGGGGAGGGGUGAGUGA